UUUUCGACGGGGUCAGUGGUCUUCCAAAAGUCCAGAGUUUGCUGGAUAAACACAGAUUUCAGUCUACUUGUUUUCACUAACUAACUGUUACCAGAAAGUGAGGGAAGAUGAUGGAAGAGAGUGGAAUAGAGACCACCCCGCCCAGCACCCCCACCCCUCCGCCCAGUGUGGCCUCCUCAGUCAGCUCCCCUCCUCCUCUGACCAUCGGUCUAUCAAGCCCCAUGCCCCUGCCCAGCACCGUGGGGCUCUCCUCCUCCUUCUCCAGCCCCACCCCACUGCCCCCCAUGGGGGGAAUAGGAUCACCAGCAGCAGCAGCAGCGGUGACGGCCACCACCUCCCUGCCCCCCAUCCAGCCCUCCCUCGGCCCUCCCUUCAGCAGCCCCCUGGUCUCCUCCGCCGCCUCCCCCAUCAACCCCCCACCCUUCAUGGGCACGCCGUACACCUCCAGUCCCAUGGUGCCUUUCUCCUCCCCCUCCUCCUUCUCCUCCGUGGGUGCUCCUCCGCCCCCUAUGGGAGGUGGUGGUGUUGGGGUGCCGAGUGUCGGAGGCGGAGCGGCCACCUCCCCUCCCCCAGUCGGCCCGCCCACGACCGGCUUCAGCAUGAGCGCAGGAUAUGACAUCACCAGAGGGCACGCGGGCCGCACACCCCAGACGCCACUCAUGCCCAGCUUCUCCAGUGCCCCGCCCAUGCCAGGCGUCAUGACCAAUCCCAUGAUGCAACAGCCGGUGACGUCGGGCGGCCUGGAGGUGACGUCCCCCAUCACGUUCCCCGAGGACCAGGAGGACCCGCGUGUCGCUGAGAACCCCAACGCCGGCGGAGGCAUCUGGGGCUUCUUCAAGGGUGUGGCAGGGAACCACAUGGUGAAGACAGUGCUGGAUAAGACGAAGCACUCUGUAGAGUCCAUGAUCACCACUCUGGAUCCAGGCAUGGCUCCCUACAUCAAGUCGGGUGGUGAUGUGGACAUCGUGGUGACGUCUGAUAAGGAGGUGAAGGUGGGUGCGGUGCGCGAUGCCUUCCAGGAGGUGUUUGGUAUGGCCAUGGUGACCGGGGAGGCGGGCCAGUCCAACAUCGCCCCCCAGCCUGUUGGCUACGCCGCCGGAGUCAAGGGUGCCCAGGAGCGUAUUGACGGCCUGCGUCGCGGCGGCAUCAUUCACGAGAAGCAGCCCGUGGUCUCAGUGGAGAACUUCAUCGCAGAGCUCUUCCCAGACAAGUGGUUUGACAUAGGCUGCCUGAUCCUGGAUGACCCGAGCAAUGGGGUGCACCUGGAGACCUUCACCCAGGCCACACCGGUCGCUCUGGAGCACGUGCAGCAGGCCCAGUCCCUGACCCCUCCGGACUACAACCUGCGCUGGUCGGGGCUGUCGGUGACGGUGGGCGAGGUGCUGGAGAGGAACCUGCCGCACGUCAGCCGUACAGACUGGCACCAGGCCUUCACAGGCAUGUCCCGUCGACAGAUGAUCUUCGGCGCCGCCAAGGCCCUGGCGGGCAUGUACAAGCAGCGUCUGCCCCCCAGGACACAAUAAAAAAAGUCUUUCCCCCGCCCCCUCAUGACCCUCCCCUUCCAGUCGACGCCCCUCAGUGUGCCAGCCUGCCCUUCGCAAGUGACUACACCCUAGAAAGCCACCCUAGAAGUCCUCACAGGCCUCUGCCAUGCCAGAGAGGUCCUAGUGGUGGGUGGAGGAAGGAGGAGGGAGGGGUGACAGUGUACGUACUAUUGCCAAGCACCCACCCAGUGUAUCCCGGAAGCCUUUUCUCUACAGUAUGUACGUGUGUUGGUUG